GUUUCAUAGAAAUAGAAACUGGGUUGUAUUAAUAUCGACAAACUAAGUUAAUAAUUCUAGUAAAACUUUGACUAAUAAUUAACUUCUAAAUUUUGUCUCUGCAAUUAGAAUCUAGAUUUAGUUUUAAUUAGUUUAAAAUUUAAUUCUUCUUUCAAUUUACUCACCAACAAUGAGUGGUGAAGGAGUUAUGAGUUACUGGUUGGAUAAAUGGGUGGCUGGGGAUACGAAAUGGCACGAAAGUGAAGUUAAUCCUUAUUUUAAGGAAUACUUUCCCAAGCUUUGCAAGAAAUCCAGCCAGGGUAGCUGCAAAACACUUUUACCACUUUGUGGGAAGUCUCUUGAUUUGAAAUGGAUAUCAGAGCAAGGCUGCGAAGUUUUUGGCGUCGAGUGCAGUAAGCUAGCCAUUGAAAGUUUCUUCCAAGAACACGGUUUAAAAUUUGAGAUCACAAAUUUAGCUGGCAGUGACGUUUACAAGUGUUUGAAUCAACCUAUUACAAUAUAUUGCUGCAAUUUCUUCUUAUUUCCAAGCAUAGUUGGUCAGGGCGUGACAUUCGAUUUCAUUUGGGACCGAGGUAGCUUUGUGGCCAUUGAAAAAUCAGACAGGAAAAGGUAUGCAGAGGUUAUGCUAGCACUGAUGAGGCCGGGCAGUGUACAUCUGAUCGAGGCGUUUGAUUACGACGUGGGCGACGGAUGCUUCGAAGGACCGCCAAGGAGUCUCCCAUUCAAAGAGGUACAAAAACUUUUCGGUGAUGCAUGUGACUACGAACUCCUCGAUGUUUUGGACAAGACCGAACUAGGGAGGCAGAGGUUCAACUGCAACUUCAGCAGCUUCAAAGUCGGAUACUACCAUGGUGUAUGCAAGAAGUGAUGACAACGACGAAGUUGAUGGUGAUGAUGAUAUUGUUGAUUACGGUGAUGAUGAUGAUGAAGAUGACAAUUAUAAUAAUAAUUAUUUUUGUUGAUUAAUUUAAUAACAAAUUUAUAUGAGAACGAAAGUUUCUAAACAUUUUUAAAUAUUUCAUACCGGUUAAUUUUUAUUGGAUGUAUUGUUAAACGUCAAUCCCUAUCUCACAUGCGUUGUGUGUGUGUGUGUGUGUUUGUGUGUGCGUGCGUGCGCGCGCUGCUGUUGAUGAUAGCUCUUGAAGUUAAUUAGUAAUUAGGCAGAGUUAUGACAUCGAUGAAACUCUAAUACAUUUAUCUUCUAAAUAUUUCGGAGCCAAACUAUUCAAACUUUUAAAUACCAUUACACCUAACUUGAA